CUCCACUUGACAAUGGUCAUAGCCAUCCUUCACCCCAUGCAACGUGCUUUCGCCAUCACGUCACUUAAAAUCUCGCUAUGUCCUAUGCGGUGCUGGAAGCCACAUCGCGGUUUUCAUGGAACGACUGUUGCAUGCAAUGAAACAUCGCCCAUCAAGACUAUUGCGGUCAUUGGAGCAGGUCAGAUGGGGACUGGGAUUGCAUUAGUGGCUGCAAAGAAUGCACGGGUAAAAGUUCUUUUAAGUGACCAUUCGGCGGUCGCCAGAGACAAAGGAUUGGGAUUCAUAGAUAAGCUUCUUGAGAAGGAUGUGAGCAAACAGAAGAUAACUUCAGAAGAAGCUCAUCAGGCGCGAGAACGAGUUAAGGCGGUGGAUGACUUGUCUUCGGUGGCUGAUGUUGAUCUGGUCAUAGAAGCCGUAGCAGAGAACUUGUCGAUGAAGCAGAAGAUCUUCUCUCAACUUGCAUCGAUCUGCCGACCGGAUACGAUUCUAGCUUCUAACACAUCGUCGAUUUCAUUGACUAAGAUUGCUGCAUCUGCUGUGGAUACUCGACGUGAAUCUGCUUCUGAUAAUAAUCAAUCGGCUUCGAGAGUCAUUGGUCUGCAUUUCUUCAAUCCGGUGCCAGUGAUGACGGUAGUCGAGGUUAUAUCGGCACUCCAAACUAGUCCUGAAGUACUGGAUCGUGCACGUAGAUUUGUUGAAGGAUGUGGAAAGGUUGUGACUGUCUCACAAGACACUCCAGGUUUUAUCUCCAACCGAGUUUUAAUGCCAAUGAUCAACGAAGCAAUUAUUUGUCUUGAACAAGGAGUUGCGACCCGUGAAGAUAUCGACAACACAAUGAAGCGUGGUACCAAUGUGCCCAUGGGCCCUUUGACACUUGCUGACUUCAUCGGUCUUGACACAUGUUUGUCGAUAAUGCAAGUAUUGCACCAUGAGUCAGGUGAUAGUAAAUACCGUCCAUCAGUCCUGUUGGGUCGAAUGGUUGACGCUGGUUGGCUUGGUAAAAAGAACGGACGAGGCUUCUAUGACUAUUGAGCCACAUUACCAAAACAACAACAUUGACCUAUAAGUCAAAAUCAUUGGUCAUGAUUUUUGCAAGAUUAUUUGUACAAUCGCAAGUAUGUGUUAUGUGAUCAGCAGUGAGGCUUGCAAAAUUAUUUGUACAAUCGCAAGUAUGUGUUAUGUGAUCAGCAGUGAGGCUUGCAAAAUUUGUUUUAGAUUUCUCUCUCUGUGUAAAAGGCUCUUCAUCGAUUCCUUCUUUGAAAUUGAAUCCAAUAAAUGU